CCCAAUUGAACAUUUUUAAAGCAUGCGACAAACUUGCAAUAUCAUCAGGAUCUUGGUUGCAAGAUGAGGUGAUGGCAACACGAGGUUAUGCUUUAUUGCUCCCUUCACGAGUUGGAGAGCUGAAAACCGAGCUUCCGCCUCAAGGUGGCAGCAAAGGCACGUCAGUGACGCUUCACGUUUACAGCGUGUCUGCAAGUCAGACGGUUCGCAAGGUGAACCGUUUCCUGGGCCACCUUAGCACGGGUGCUUUUCAUACGGCUGUGGAAGUUCAUGGCAAGGAGUGGAGCUAUGGCUUUGCCGAGAAAGGUAGCGGAGUUUUUUGCUGCAAUCCCAAAGAAUCUUCUCUUGCAAACAGAGAUAUGUGGCUGUGUUCUGUUGGCUGUCAAUAUUGUUACCCCAGGUUGCUUUGUUGGUUAUGGAUGGGCAAGAUAGCAUGCCACAUAACAUCCUACUGCUAAAUCAACACGAGUACAAAGCUUGAUGGUUGCACCUCAGGAAUGUGGGGCUCAUAUUUAUCUUUACUCUCUGCCCAUGGGUUCAACAUUUUUGUCUCAGCAGACUGUCCUUGCCUUGAUUGGGCGGCUUUUUGGCUGAAUCUGAGAGACCUUGCUCGAAUAUGGCGCCAAAUAGUUUCAGGUGUCCAGAUCGACUUGAUUUGCACAUGAAUUGUUGGUGAAGCAGAAUGCCCUGCUUUGCGGGGCUAUUAUAGGGCUAUACUUGUCAGGUUGGCAAAGGAGUGGCAAGGG